GUCAGAGGCAUGAAAGUCAUUGAAAGUCGAGCCCAAAAGGAUGAAGAAAAAAUGGAAAUUCAGGAGAUCCAGCUGAAAGAGGCCAAGCACAUUGCUGAAGAUGCCGACCGCAAGUAUGAAGAGGUGGCCCGUAAACUGGUCAUCAUUGAGAGUGACCUGGAACGUGCAGAGGAGCGGGCUGAGCUCUCAGAAGGCAAAUGUGCCGAGCUUGAAGAAGAACUGAAAACUGUGACGAACAACCUGAAGUCACUGGAGGCUCAGGCUGAGAAGUACUCGCAGAAGGAGGACAAGUAUGAGGAGGAGAUCAAGGUCCUCUCGGACAAGCUGAAGGAGGCUGAGACUCGGGCUGAGUUUGCUGAGAGGUCAGUAACUAAAUUGGAGAAAAGCAUUGAUGACUUAGAAGAGAAAGUGGCUCAUGCCAAAGAAGAAAACCUUAGCAUGCACCAGAUGCUGGAUCAGACUUUACUGGAGUUAAACAACAUGUGAACACCUCCUUAGCAGCGGCCACAUUUGCUCAUUUUGUUCUUGUUGUUUUGUUUUUAAACACCUGCUUACCCCUUAAAUGCAUUUUUAUUUACUUUUACCACUGUCACAGAAACAUUCACGAAAUACCAGCUGGGGCAAGGGUGGGGAAAACACACACAAAAAGGCAAGCCUGUGUCCGGGCGAUAAUGGUUUAAAUGUGCCAUUUCCCAGGUUGACAUUGCCACACAUUGUAGAGAGUUUAGCAACACUGUCUGCUUAGUCCGUGUAGGAAUCCUCACUAAAGCAGAAAGAUUUCCACUCAGAGUGCCAACAGUAGAGGCAACAGGAAGAUGAACAUUGGAAACACAGUCAGGUGUGGAUUGGUGCUACUUCAAACAAAAGAUCCCCUGUGGUCUUUGUUCCAUAUAUACAAUUUAGAACUCUGUCCAACACUAAUUUAUUUUGUCUUGAGUUUUCCUACGAGAUGAGACUGUGGAUUCCACAUUUCAGAAUUCACUCAAGCCAAGGGUCUGUAAGCCACGCUGCUCUUGUAAGACUUCAUUCCUUCCCGACUGGCACACUCACAGCUCGUGACAGCUCUGUAGGAUGGCAUUCCAUGUGGGCCCCCACUCUUUCAGUUCUCCAUGUUAAGGUGAAAGGUUUAGGCACUAUGUAUGACUGGGAAGGAGAGAACAUUUUCUUAAGAGUUACGCCGAUGUGUAAACAUUGUAUAAUGAUAUGGAAUAAAAUGCACAUUGUAGGACGUUUUCUAAA